CGUCAUGCAUAACGUGACUUUAGUGCGUUAAACACAGGUUUACAACAUUGCUAAGCAACGCAGUCUUCAUCUUUUAACGUCGUCGCACCAACAUUACAGAAAGAUGGAAGAAGGUGAUUUCAAUUUAUCGAAUUUGAACGUUGUGGCAAACCAGAUUGCUUCGGAAAUUAAAGAAGAACAAACUAAAGUAUCGCAGACAGAAGCGCCACAGCAACAGAUUGAGGACGCCAGAUUCUCAUGGACUGAUGAUAGUAUUGAAGUAAAGAACAUUGAUAUGCACGAAAGCCGUGGAGAAAUUGCGGACGAUUCUAUCAACUAUUCAGCAGACGAUGAGGAUCAGAAUUACGACCCGUUACUCGAUGAAAAACUCAAGGCAACAUGUUUUGUUAAACCAACGUUGAAGGAACACCCAUCUCAAGCCGAGAGUUCCUCCACACCCUACCAAGAGGUCGAAUUAGAUGAGAAUUAUUGCAACGGUUAUGUUUCUUCCAUGAGGCUCGUUAUUAACCCAGACUCCGGUUCAAGCGACGACGAGGAAACUUCUAAUCAAAAGAAUGUAGAUAACAACGGAUCUGAGACAACCCCUGUGAAAGUUCCAGACGACAAUAAACCCGAAAACAACGAUCAAGAUAAUAAAACAGAGAAUGUGAACGGGGAACAGGAGCCUGAAGCUAAGAACGAGACGGCUGCUUUUAAUGAUCUUGGUAGCGAGAGCAAGACAAAGACUGAAAGUCAAGAAGUCUCGAAUGCACCAUAUGAACAAAAUGUCCAGUCAAAUACAAUCCAAGUUCCCCAAACACAAACAACGUGUACUGGACAGUAUCUGGAAUCUGGCACUACUUGCUACGUUUAUCAGCAAGUUCCUCAGAACUUUGCCUCUGACGCCUCUGGAAACCUCGUCUACUACCAGGUGCCAUGUCAAGGUUUGCAGUGUAUUAAUGGUAACUACUAUUAUCUCCCUCCAGAAUAUUCCUAUGUGGUGACUGAGAACCAAAGUUAUGAACAAAUUAAACCAGGAGAAUCAACCGUUUCUACGCAGAUCGCAACAGAGAAUGGAAAAGACGAUAAAGUGCCUGAGGAGGAAAAUAAAACACCUGUAUCUAGAAGUCCGUCCGAUGGUAAUGAAAACGACAAGACAGUGCCCGUGGAAGGCAAUCGGAAACAUUUGAGUAGUGCCGCCGAAUCGACAGAAAUACCCCGGAUGGAAGAGGGCUCCGUCGAGACUCACUACCAGUAUUUGCCAUGUGGAGAACACGACGCUGAAACCAUGCCGUUUAAUCCUUACCAGACGUUACAGCAGCCCCUGUUUGCCGCCGACAUAUACCACCCAUAUAUGGAGCCUGUCAGACUAAACACCAACUUCCAAUAUCCGGCGGUAUAUGUCUCCCAAUAUGGCCUAAUCACAGUCCUACUGAAGCACGACGUCUCUGUGGAGAUGACAGCUGACAGGGCAAUCCGACUUGUCAGUCACCAGAAAAACCUCGUCGUUGCAUCGAGUGCAACUGGAGACAGCAACUUCAUAGUCCACCCAGCGGGGAAAAUAUCCCACACAGCAUCGACCGUGGAGGCAGACAUCUAUCUAAACAGACGCGUGAAAAUGACGGAUGAACAGAUCGUUUUUGGCAACGCAAAUCAGACCUUCAAGUUUAACACCGAAAAGGUUGAAGUGGAGGAGAAACCCGAUUUUACAAGACUGUCCAAAAAUAGUUCCGUCAGCAUUCUGUUUUCAUCCAACAAUGUCCCCGACCAGAACCUUGUGAUGAACUGCCUGGACCUCAUUGCCAGUGCACAUUACGAGCCUCUUCAUCAGAUAGCUGGUGGAUACAUGGUCAAGAUAAACAAUAUCAAGGUCAUCCAGACAAAUAAAGGCGAUGUCAAGGUCAUUUGCGCGGACAAGUACAUGAGACUUUCUCCAAGGGGAGAAGAUUUGCACAUAAGAAGCAAAUACUUCAUUGAAAUGGGCAUCGAAUCCGACUGGAGUGUUUGGAUCAACCAUGGCAAAAAUUUCCUGAGAGCCAACCGUCUGGGUUUUAUCCUCUGCAAUAGUAACAUCGAGGCUGGGUUUGACGCACACGAUUACGUCAGGGCUUGUCGGGUUCCUAGUGGAAUCCCGAUACAUGUGGAGGGGUCCUAUUUCUCCAAGCGGCGUUAUGUACCCAGGACGCGGAAGAAAUCUACCAAAGAGCUUGAUUAGAAAGAUUUGAUAACAGAUACAUUUGUACAUUGUUAUGUUAUGACCUAAAGAG